CGGCAAGAUGUGAGCGUGGCAUCAUGACUAUAGUUGUAAAAACAGAGCUUCCCUUUAAUGGAAUGGUUCAUGUCAGGGAUUUUCGACGUGAUCCAUGUGUGGCUUAUGGAAAUGGUUAUAGAAAUGCAACACUUAGACUCAGCCUUUUAGCCAACUCGGGGGACAUGAAUUACUGUGGCAUAAAACUUUCGGAGGAAAGAACAGAAGAAAAGUCAGUAGUUGUGGUUAUUCGGGCUCACAGAACCUUAGAACUUUCGGAUGAUAAGUUUUAUCACAUUACCUGUGGGAAGUCUGGGUUUCUAAAUGCAAGGAAUGAGUUAUCAAGAGUGUUGCUCAGGUUUAUGGAUGAUACUAGAAGAGUAAAUGAACUGAUUGUUGGUCGUCAGUAUGUCCUGCGGGCAGGACUUUCUCAUCCAGACAAUCUGUAUGGUACCAAAGUGAAGUCCUGCUUCAUAUUUGCUCCAAACACUACAGAUGUAGAACUUAUUGAUGCUAAGGGGUGCCCUAAAACAUCCUUCCUCUCUCAGUUCAAGUUUAACCAAACAACCAGAGCAGCAGAAGCCAUGUUGUACUCAACAUUUCGAUUCCCAGACACUAAUAAAAUACAUUUUCAAUGUGACAUUGUUCUGUGUAGAGGACAUUGUAUUGAGGCUGACUGUGUUUCUACUGAGAAGCUGCCACAGGCACUGCCUCAGAGAAGGGUAGAUGAUGAAGAGAAUGUGCAGUUAAUGGCUUCCACUACAGUCUUUGUUCUAGAGCCUGGUGAGGGAGUAGUGGCUCAGCAUGUAAGAGACUGUACAGAAUGGCAGUUUCCCUGGUUAAUUGGCCUGUGCAUUUGUCUAGCUAUUCUUCUCCUUGUUAUGCUUAUUGUCAACAUCUUCUUGUGUUCAUCAUUAACUUGUACCUGCAUGAGUGCUGAGGAGACUGUAGACAAGGAGUCCUCUGAGAUGGAAGAUUAUGAUCCUUACAGGGUUGGAUGGAUUCCAAGCUCCCAUUAUGGAUCUCGCUCAUCUUUAAACAAGCCCUACAUGACCAGUGGAUGCACAAAUCAUUCCAUGGGAUCUGGAAGUGACCAAUAUAUUAUUGUUCAUACAAGACCAAACAGCAGGCAUUCGCACAGCUCUAGUAAAGAUCCUGUGCAUCGAGGUCCCGGAUCAUCACUUUCCACUGGGAAGUAUUCAUCACGAAUGUAACCUAUUGAUCGAUCAACUGUACUGAACUAUGCAAUACCAAUUAAAUAACUUCUUACAGUUAUCACA